CCCCAAAAAAAGGAAAAAAAAAAAAAACCAUUCUUCCGGUGCAAAAAAGCCUCUCCGACCACGAUCCGCGGCACCCGCGGAUGUCUGCUAAUGUGCGUUGCGUGGUGCGCAACACUCUCAAGGUACAUUCUCCAUCUCGAACCCUUGCUGUUUUCAAUCUUACUCUUCUCCCCAAAACCCAAACCCCUAAACCCUCGCAAUCUGCCCCCUUUAACUCUUCAUAUUCGACUUAUAGUUAUCAAAGUUUUGAUUUUUUGGAACAAUUUUUUCCUCGUACCGCUUCGAAUUCGAGUGGUUUUGGUUCCAUUAAUUCAAAUGAGCGGCGAAGAAUAGCUGUAGGGUUAUCCAAGAUGAUCAAAGAGCAACAAGGCUUUGUAUUGAGGGGAUUUUCGCAAAAUUUUUGCCCUUGUUUCUUAGUUAAGAUAAUGAAACUGUUUGGAAACAGAGAAACCGCGUUUGCCUUCUUUAAAUGCGCGUUUCGGGAUUGUUCCGAGGGGAUUGUCCGGUUGUGUUGUGUUGCUGCGCAUAUUUUAGCAGCGGAGGACCUUCGGUUUCUCGCACAAGACAUGGUCUCGUGGAUAAUUAAGAGAAUUGGGGCUGGAAGGAGUGAGGAAUUGGUGCAAUUUAUGUGGAACGGUCACCAUGAAUAUGAGUCCGAUUACUCGGUUCUAGACACGUUGAUGAGGUGCUUUGUGAAUGUGGAAAUGGAUAAGGAGGCAUUGGGGGUUUUGGAUAGGAUGAGGAAGGGAGGAUUGACGCCGAGUUUAUCGGCCCUUUCAACUCUAUUCAUGUUGUUGCUUAGAGUUGGUGAUUAUGGUAGUGUGUGGAAGCUGUUUAGGGAUAUGGUUUGUAGGGGUCCUUGCCCUUCUACUUAUACUUUUAACGUUAUGAUUCUGGGCUUUUGCAGAAAAGGUAUGGUUAGAACUGGAGAGAGUUUGUUACAUGUGAUGGGGAAAUUUCGGUGUGAACCCGAUGAUUUUACGUAUAACAUUGUGAUCAAUGCAUACUGCAUAAGGGGAUGGACAUCAGAUGCACUUAGUUGGGUGCAUUUGAUGUCCGCAAGGGGUUGUAAGCCGAGUGUUGUAACGUUUAAUAUGGUGGUAAAUGCCUUGUGUAAGGAGGGAAAUGUGGUGCAAGCAAGGAAGCUCUUUGAUGGAAUUCAAGAUAUGGGUGUCUCUCUGACUACCACUAUAUAUAACACUAUGCUGGAUGGGUAUGUUAAGGCAAGGGACAUCGAUCAGGCAAACAUGCUUUAUGAAGAAAUGAGGAAGAGGUGCAUAUCUCCUAAUGUAACCUUUAAUAUUUUGGUUGCAGGGCAUUUCAAGUAUGGAAGACAAGAGGAUGGUGACAGGUUGUUAGGGGAUCUAUCUGUUCCAGGAUUGUUCCAGGACUGUUCACUCUAUGAUAUUUCAGUUGCGGGGCUGUGCUGGGCAGGUCGGUUGGACGAGGGCACAGAGUUCUUAGAGGAUAUGCUUGAGAAAGGAAUAACUCCAAGCGUGAUUGCUUUUAACUCAAUUAUAGCAGCUUAUAGCAGAGCUGGGUUAGGAGCAAAUGCCCACGAGACGUAUGAAACUAUGGUUAGAUACGAUUUAAGUCCUUCAUCUUCCACAUGCAGUUCUUUGCUACUGGGUUUGUCCCGGAACGGGAGCCUGCAAGAAGCCAGAGAGCUCUUGUGUAAGAUGAUAGAGAAGGGUUUUCCCAUCAAUAAAGUGGCCUACACAGUGCUUUUGGAUGCAUAUUGCAAGAUAGGAGAUCUGGAAGGGGCUCAGAGUUUGUGGAAUGAGAUGGCAGAAAGAGGGGUAUCUCCUGAUGCUGUUGCCUUUUCAGCCUUUAUAGAUGGACUUUCUAAAGCAGGUCUGGUGGAGAAGGCAUAUGAUAUGUUCUUAGAAAUGUCAAGGAAAGGAUUUGUGCCAAAUAAUUUUGCAUAUAAUUCUUUGAUUGGUGGGUUUGUGAACCAUGGGAACCUGAAUGAAGCAUUAAAAUUGGAGAGGGGGAUGAGGCAAAAGGGACUUCUUCCAGAUAUAUUUACCACCAAUAUGAUCAUUAAUGGGCUUUGUAAACAGGGUAGAAUGAAGUCAGCAAUCAAUGCCUUCAUGGACAUGCAGCGGACCGGGUUGUACCCGGAUAUUGUCACAUUCAACACUUUGAUUGGUGGUUUUUGUAAAGCAUUCGAUAUGGUUCGUGCAGAUGAGCUUGUGGAUAAAAUGUAUGCCAGUGGCUGGGACCCAGAUAUCACUACGUAUAAUAUUCGCAUUCAUGGUUUCUGCAGCAGUCGAAAAAUGAAUCGAGCGGUAAUGAUGUUGGAUGAGCUUGUUACAGCAGGUAUUGUUCCAGAUACAGUAACAUACAACACCAUCAUUAAUGGCAUUUGUAGUGAUAUACUGGAUCGCGCCCUGAUUUUAACUGCAAAACUGCUUAAGAUGGCUUUUGUUCCAAAUGUAGUUACAACCAAUGUGUUGUUGUCUCACUUUUGCAAGCAGGGGAUGCCUGAGAGGGCCUUAAUGUGGUGUCAGAAGUUGAGUGAGAUUUCAUUUGAUUUUGAUGAAAUUACCUUUAGGAUAAUGGACAGGGCCUACAGUAAUAUACAAGAAGAUGAAGAGCUUUUCAGAGAAAUAUCUGCAAAGAACCUCUUUCUGGAUUUCCUCAUGUACAUUACAUAUGAUUAUUUUUAUAGAAACAGACCUCACAGAGAUACAAAUCAGAAUUCUCUUAAACUAAUUGGAAAUGGUUUUGGUGGAGCAUGAAAGUUGACUUAGAUAGCAUUACCAUUGUCGUGACUGGAAUCUUCUGUAAUCAUGAGUGUGGUGCAAGCUAUUCUCAAGGUACGAGGGCAUUUUAUGAAUUGAAUGGUGGUGAUAAGUUGGAAGUAGCAUCAAUUAGGGGAAGUCAUUGGGUUGAGCUGGUUCCUAUCGAGACUAGGUUGGACUUGACUAAAAUUGAUUCCACUACGGCAGAAAGGAAAUGAAAAGAAUGAUUUAGUAAAGACAAUGAAAAGAGAUGGUUCGUGUCAAGUUGAAAUAAGGGCUACUUUUUUAUUGCCGCCAAGGCAAGAAUGCAAUGGUGGCCAUUGUAGUACCCCGGGGCAAAAUUUUUACAACCUCUAAACUUGUUUGUUCAGCUCAAUAUUUUAGCUCUGCAGAGCAUGUCCGUGAAAUGAAUUCAUCUGAUCAAAGAAAAUACAAGGAUGCCUCUUGUUCAGCUGAGUUGUGUUGGUGUGGAAGUUUUAGCCGGUGGCUUUUUCCAUUAUGCUUGUCUGUAUAUUUUUCCUGUUUGCAACGAGAAGCAGAAAUCUAUACACAUCUGAAUUUCUUAUGGCCAAAUGGAAAGCCGAGAUCAAUUCAGUCUAGUUUGAAUGAGAAGAAAGCUUAAUUGGCAUGGAUCCAGAAAUGAAUUACCGAGACUUGGCUAGGUCCUCAGAGCUGAUGACCAACAAUGGGCUUGAAUGUCUUCGGCAAGUAGCCAUUUGGUGAUGCCUUUCAUGCUGCCAAAAGAAGUUGACAUGUUGCCGACCUUAGGCUUGGCAGAGCUGAUGCACUAUAGUUUUGAGCCUCUUUUUUAUUUUAUUUUGAAUAUUUGGUUUCAUGGUUUAAAUUGCCUGUGAAAUAAGAAUCUUACAUCCUUCAUCUUUGAUUGA